CUAAAUUUAUUCUAUUUCCCGAAGUGAGUUUUCGCUGCGCCAAGUAAUCCUUUAUUAGUAUUUGAGCUUUGACUCCAUACAACUAUCUGCGAUAGCCUCGUGAAUGUUGGCUUCGCACCCCGGUAGCUUUCUCUGCUACGUUCCAAAGAAUCCAUCGAUCUUUGGAAGCCUGCUCGGCUCGAGGGCGGCGGUAGAGCAGGCCGUCAACGAGCGCUUGGACCGGUACGCGGAGGCCUCGACAAGGCGCACCCAGGCAGCGCAAUCCUCCGUCUCUGCGGCAGCACAGACCCAGGCUCAAAAGUUCGUGUUCCCGGGAGGCGGUGUUACCGUACAGCCGGGCAUCCAACCCAUCACCGAGCAGCUAGUGCGCGUCAUACCCUACGUGCACAACUCCAAGGACGCCAUCGUCGUCUUCUUCGGGACGCUUAGCAACUUGCAGGAUCUGCGGGCUCAGCGAAGAAACGUGAGAGGCGCUGCUGCUGCUGCCGUGCCGGCCGACGCGGGCGCCGGAGCACUGACAACUUCAUGUCUUUUAGACCUCUACAAGCGCUUCGGGAACGGGAGAGAGCUGCUGAUGCUGUCGGAACUGCAGGGCCAGUACGCCUUCGUUCUGUACGACAGCAGCCGCAAGCAGGCCUUCGCGGCGCGCGACCCCUCCGGCAGCGAACCGCUGUACUUCAAGGUUGACGAGGAGGGCGGCGUGCAGUACACCAACAGCCUGGAGCAGCUGCCCGGCGGGGAGGCGGACCGGCGCGGCUGGCGGGAGCUGCCGCCGGGGCACUACAUGCUGGGCAAGAGCGUGUCGCAGUUCGCGCUGAGUCUGCGGCAGCUGGAAAAGCGCGAGAAGAAGGAGUCGCUGGACGCGGAUGCGCUGCACAUGAUGCUGCAGCAGGAGGAGGUGCAGCAGGAGGGGGACGGCGGGUUUAAUGCGGUGCGGUCGCUGCUGAGGAACCGGAGUAGCGGGGCGGGCGCGUAGGUACCGUAGGCGUGUGGGGUGCUGAGGUGUGGGGGUGCGGAGGUGGAGAGGAGGAAGGGUGGCGGGUGCAUGCGUUUUUGAGGAGUUUGUACGCAUACAUGUGGAUGGAGGUUGAGCGCGAACGCACUUUGUUUUGGGUGUGAUGGCUACACCGUCGUUUUGUUCGGAAGCACUCUACGCUGUAGACAGUUUUUCGCCGAGUUCGCCGAGAGUUUGUUGAGGAGCGUUAAGACACAUGCGCGUGUGUGUUUUGCGUCAGCUGUGUUGGCAUGUCGGAGCUGUGUGUUGGAAUGUAUGGCCAGUCGCUGCAUGUCGGACCCUGUAGAAAGAAAUGCAUGAUGUUUGGGGCGGGCUAGAUACCGGCAUAGGCUGCCGAGUGCCGCAUUCUUCUCCUGUAUCCGUUUGUAUCACAAAUUCUGCUCCAAUGCAUGCUUGCUGGUGUUUACUAUGUAGAUUAUGGCUGAGGUUGCUAGGUGCUUGCGCAUGCGCCCGGAAUAAGUUGCUGAGUUUUUAUUCUGUAUUCCAUGCCCCGUACUGGUGUCACAAGGUUUGCAUCGCCUGCUUUUCCUCCAGAUUCCUCGGGUCUGGAGUGCGGGCCUACCCUCGUGGCGAAGUAGCAUAACGUGUAUGUUGUCCUUAUAACAGACCGCGGUUGGAUAUGGAGGUGGGUGGUUAAGUGCACUUCAGUGUAUCUACGCAAACUCGUUGUGUGGUCGUGCCCAGAACCUAACUUGUACUAACCGAACUGUACUGGAUGCAGUUUCUUUUGCAGAGGGCAGGAGAUGCAUUGUUUGGGUUGUGUUCUUUUGGUUGGGAGGUGGACCAAUAACGCCCUUGUGGCUACCAAGCUACAGCAGCCCUGCCGUGAAGGCGCUGCGCAGCGCUUCCCCCUGCGCUACGUUGUACUCGAUGUGCACCGGUGUCAGAGCAUCCAUUAUGCGGACACCCUUGUCGCCCCG